GCCGGGAGCGCGGCCAGCGCCGCUCCAGAAGAGGCGCCGGGAGCCGCGGGAGCCGCAGGAUUACGGUGCUGGCUCCGGGGGAAGGACGGCGCUGCGGCGGCUGGAACGGCUCGGCUGCAGGUUAAACCUUGCCACCUGAAAGACUCAAACACACAGUUCCUGUGAGAGAGCCAGAAUUACUGAAUUCAGGAGGCUGAAGAUGCUGCUGCUGCUGUGGGAGCAGCUGUUCCUGGUGUCAUUUGUUGGCUGCCUUGCAGAUGUGGAGAGCUCCAGGAUGAAGAUGAGGAGUGCGGUGUCGGUGCGCGAGGGCCAGGGCGUCGUGCUGCUCUGCGGGACCCCGCCCCGGGCUGGAGACCUGUCGUUCGCCUGGAUCUUCAACGAGUACCCGUCGUUCGUGCAGGAGGACAGCCGGCGCUUCGUGUCCCAGGAGACGGGGCACCUGUACAUAGCCAAGGUGGAGCCCUCCGACGUGGGCAACUACAGCUGCGUGGUGACCAGCAGGGCCAGCAGGAGCCCCGUGCUGGGCUCCCCCACGCCCCUGGUGCUGCGCACCGACGGUGUGAUGGGGGAAUACGAGCCCAAAAUAGAAGUUCAGUUCCCUGAGACGCUGGCAGCAGCCAAAGGCUCCACUGUGAAGCUGGAGUGCUUUGCACUGGGAAACCCUGUGCCUCAGAUUAACUGGAGAAGAACUGACGGGCUGCCAUUUCCAAGUAAAAUAAAGCUGAGGAAAUCCAAUGGCAUGAUUGAAAUCCCUAAUUUCCAGCAGGAGGAUGCAGGGCUCUAUGAAUGCAUUACUGAAAACUCCAGGGGCAAAAACAUUGCAAGAGGACGUCUCACUUACUAUGCAAAGCCCCACUGGAUCCAGAGCAUAAAGGAUGUGGAAGUUGCUGUGGAGGACACUUUGUACUGGGACUGCAGAGCGAGUGGGAAGCCCAAACCAUCCUACAGGUGGCUGAAGAAUGGAGAGCAGCUGGCAAUAGAGGGAAGGAUCCAAAUUGAAAAUGGUGCACUUACAAUAUCAAAUCUAAAUCUGACAGAUUCUGGCAGAUACCAGUGCAUAGCUGAAAAUAAACAUGGUGUCAUCUCUUCGAGUGCAGAGCUCAGGGUUGUAGCUUCUGCUCCAGAUUUUUCCAAGAGUCCAAUGAAGAAACUGAUCCAGGUUCAGAUAGGCAGCACAGUUGAUUUUGAGUGCAAACCCAAAGCUUUCCCUAAGGCCAAAUGUUCCUGGAAGAAGGGAGGUGAGAAGCUACAGGAAAAUGAAAGGAUCAGUCUGCUGAAGGAUGGAGGACUGAGGAUAGCCAACGUGACCAAGGGGGAUGCUGGCAGCUACACCUGCCUGGCCACAAACCAGUUUGGAACAGCCAGGGGCUCCACCAGCCUGAUAGUUACAGAGCCCACCAGGAUCACCUUGGCACCUUCCAACAUGGAUGUCACCGUCGGGGAGAGCGUGGUGCUGCCCUGCCAGGUGCAGCACGAUCCCCUGCUGGACAUCAGCUUCACCUGGUACUUCAACGGGAGCCUCACGGACUUCCAGAGGGAUGCCUCCCACUUGGAGAAGGUUGGAGGGAGCGCGUCCGGGGAUUUAAUGAUCAGGAACAUCCAGCUGAAGCACAGCGGGAAGUACGUGUGCAUGGUGAAGACAGAGGUGGACAGCGUGGCCUCUGCUGCCGACCUCAUCGUGCGAGGCUCUCCUGGGCCCCCUGAGCACGUGAGGGUGGACGAGGUCACGGACACCACGGCGCAGAUCUCCUGGCAGGAGGGCACGGACAACCACAGCCCCGUGACCACCUACACCAUCCAGGCCAGGACUCCCUUCUCCGUGGGCUGGCAGCGAGCCACCACAGUUCCGGAGGUGAUCGACGGGAAAACCUUCACAAGCACAGUAGUGGAUUUAAAUCCUUGGGUUGAAUAUGAAUUUCGUGUAGUUGCCAGUAACAAAAUAGGAGGUGGAGAGCCUAGUUUGCCCUCAGAAAAAGUAAGAACUGAAGAGGCAGUUCCUGAAAUUCCCCCCUCUGAGGUCAGUGGGGGAGGAGGCAGCAGGUCUGAGCUGGUCAUAACGUGGGAUCCCGUCCCUGAGGAGCUGCAGAACGGGGAAGGAUUCGGCUACGUGGUGGCCUUCCGCCCCUCGGGCACCACGACGUGGAUCCAGACGGUGGUGACCUCCCCUGACACCCCCAGAUACGUCUUCAGGAACGAGAGCAUCCUGCCCUUCUCGCCCUACGAGGUCAAAGUCGGCGUCUACAACAACAAGGGCGAGGGGCCCUUCAGCGCCGUGGCCACGGUGUUCUCAGCUGAGGAAGAGCCCAGCACGGCCCCCUCAGGAGUGUCUGCCACCAGCCUGUCCUCCUCAGCCAUCCAGGUGUCCUGGACAGCCAUUCCCUGGAAGAUGAGCAAUGGGAGGCUGCUGGGCUAUGAGGUUAGGUACUGGAAUAAAGGCCAAAAAGAAGAAUCUUCCAACAGAGUAAAAGCAGCAGGGAACGCAACAUCAAUAAAAAUCACGGGGUUGAGGAGCAACUUGGCUUAUUACACAGCUGUGCGUGCCUACAACAGCGCUGGGGCAGGGCCCUUCAGUGCCACCGUCAAUGCCACCACCAAAAAGCCACCACCCAGCCAGCCUCCAGGAAACGUGGUGUGGAACGUGACAGACUCCAGGGUUGUGCUGAGCUGGGAGGAGGUCAGAGCCAUGGACAAUGAGUCCGAGGUCACGGGCUACAAGGUGCUGUACAGGAGCGGCGGCCAGAGCGCGGCGGAGGUGCUGACCACGGCCGGCACCACGGCCGAGCUCUGGCUGCACCUCGAGGACGAUUAUUUCAUCGAGGUCAGAGCCACCACGGAGGGGGGAGACGGCAGCAGCAGCGAGCAGAUCCUCAUCCCCAGGCUAGCCAGUAUGGAUGCAAGAGGUUCUGGCCCAUCAGUCUUGAGUAUCUUCAGUGUCUCCAGCUUCUUAGCAACAAUAUUUUCCUUGACCCUUAAUUCUGUGUUGUGGUGAUAACAUUUGCAUUUGCU